AUGACUACUCUUAAAAGGAGCAAAACCUUACCAGCGGAUGGGCAAACCACAAAGUUCCUAUAUACAAUUCUGAAGCAGCUAGAUCUGAAAUCGGUUGAUUGGAAUUUGGUUGCAUCACAGCUGGAUAUUAGCAAUGGCCAUGCUGCUAGAAUGAGAUUUUCCCGCUUUAGGCAGCACAUGGAAGGGAUAACCAGCACUCCCAGAACCCCUCGGGCUAAAAAACCGAAAGCGGAAAAAGCAAAAUCAAAGAAGCAGACACUUGAUGACUUAAAGGUAUGGCCUGAGCCGCCGGUCAUCAAGCCUGAGCCGUUUAUCAAGCCGGAACCGGUCAAUAUUAGUCAAAUAGAUCCCUGUCUCCUUGCAAUUCCCCGGGCUUCGGGACCAAUACAAGCUCAACCUUUUCCAACCGUCACACCUGCCGAUCUUGUCAGGCCCUAUCCACCCUCCGAGAUACCAGUUGGGUAUCGGCGACCACCCGUUGGAGAGAAUUGGCCUCAGAUUAAAAUGAAGCCAUGCGAUCAGAAAGUUGUUAUGACAGAUGUAUUGGUGAAAAUAGAACCUGAGAAUUGA